AUGCAUCGCUCAAACGGUUAUUCAUACUCUGCAAGCUCAAGGAGCCAUGGCACUAGCAGUGCCUUUAGCCCCAAUGCCAACCCUAACGAAGACUGGACCAAGAUCUCCGACCUAGCUGAGCGGCGCCGUAUCCAGAACCGCAUCGCCCAGCGCAAUUAUCGCAAGAAGCUGAAGCGUCGCCUGGAGGACCUUGAAAAACGAGCCGCCUCAGCCUCCGAGUCACCAGAGCGAUCUCUGGAAAAGCCGGAACCCCCGGUCAAGAAUGUCAAGUCGCGCGCAAAGCACGCCCGUCACACAUCCAAGACCACUUCCGACGCCCACAGCCCCGCUUCAACAGACCGAUCCCCAUACGACAGCUACUCGACACAAGAGGACCGGGGAUCCAUGUUCUCGUACCAGAGCACGAGGCAGCUGUCCACCUCGCCCCCGCCGAUCCUCUCCUACCCCUCGUACUCGGCCCUCGACGCCUACGGUCAAUCAUCAUACGCACACCCGCCGCAAUACCACUCCAUCUCCGGCGCCUACAACGACCUCUCCUCUUACCACAGCGAGUACAAUUCGCCCAUGCCCCCACUGCUGCCAGUCUCCAUGCACGGCGCCGGCCCCGCAAUGAAGAAGUACUCCUCCUACGGCGACGAGGACAUCAUCAGCCCGUUCAACAUGAGCUACGCGUCCAUGGCCGGAAUCGAUCUCUCCCCGCCGCAGCACCACCUCCAUCACCACCACCACCACUCGUCGGAGAGCAGUAACAUUCCUGUACAUACCCUCCCUUCCAUCAAGGCGACGUACCCGCAGUUCCAGAGCAAGAGGAGCUAA